UGCUGUUGAAUCACUGUUUGAUCCGUCAUCCGUGAAUCCGUGAUAGGAUUUUCACAGAAUAGCGGGUUACCUUUUAUGGUAAUCCACUGUUAAAAAACAUUAAAAAUAAAAAAUAAAACACUUAUUAUUCAUUGUUAAUAAUAAUUGUAAUAUUUAGUGUAAAAUUUGGUGAUGCUGUAAAGUGUCAAGUGUCAAAAUAACCAAUUGAUUCAUUGACUUGUUUGAAGGCCUUUAAUGGAGUUAUGAUAGAAUUAAAUAAAAAAAAAAACAUUUCUCUUUCUUUUUUUUUAUUUUGUUGAUGUCAAAUUAUUGGGGUGAUAUACGGGUGUUGAGUAACAUCAAAUAAGCGUCGAAAGAAGCGUGGGUGAGCUGGUUUCGACCGCACCUCUAAAAACCUUUUGCAUAUAUUAAUCAUUCAUAAAAAAAAAUUAUUUUAUUAUUUAACAACAUAUUUGAAUAUACCUUCAAUUUCAUUCAAGUUUUUAUCAAACACUUUUCAUGAUUAAUUAAAUCUUAUCAUUACUAAAUGUCAGAUAUUAUUAUUAAUAAGUCAAAAAUAAAAAUACAUAGGGGCAUUAUAAAAUUAACACGUGUGUCUAUGUUUUUAGUUUGAGAAAAUAUCAAAGCAUUAAAAUGAUAAACUUGUGCCAAGAAUACUGACUCAGUGAUUUAAUAAUAGCAACCAAUAAUUCGUUACAACUUGAGAUUAAAAUAUCACUAUUCUGUUCUAAUUUUUGUGAAUGAUGGGAAAUUCGUUACUUGCUGUAUUAUUGACCAUAACAAUAUGUGUCACAGUGGUGAAUUCAUUAAUAUCACCACCGGAAAGAUUAACAGGAAUGAAUCCUUGUAUAAGCAAACAAACAUGUCAUGAAUGCAUACAAACACCUCAUUGUGCUUGGUGUGCAGCUCCGAAAUUUCCGGAAAAACGUUGUUUCUUGCCAAAUAUAAAUGGAAAAAUAUUAAAAGAAUGUCCAAUUGAAUAUACAAGAAAUCCAGACAAUGAAUUUCGUACAAUACGUGCAAGAAAUUUAACAAAAGGUGGUUUAAAUUCUGGUAGUUAUGGUGGAUCAACAUUAAUUGAAAAUGAAGAAAGUUCAAGUUCAUUUUGGAGUAGUAGUUCAAGUGCAAGUGAAACAUCAUCAUCAUCAUCGUCUUCAUCAUCAUCUUCAUCAUCAUCAUCAAGUAAACAAGAAGCUGUACAAAUAUGGCCACAAGAAGUAAGCUUGAAACUACGUAUAAAUGAAGCACAUCGUUUAACAUUUGCCUAUUCACAAGCUGAAGAUUAUCCAGUUGAUUUAUAUUAUCUUAUGGAUCUAAGUCAAUCAAUGGCUGAUGAUAAACAAAAAUUAUCUGAUUUAGGACAAUUACUUGUUGAACGUAUGAGUAAAAUAACUGGUAAUUUUCGUUUAGGUUUUGGUAGUUUUGUUGAUAAAGUUGUUAUGCCAUAUGUUAAUACAUUACCAGAUGCAUUAAUAACACCAUGUAAAAUGUGUGCAGCACCAUAUGGUUAUAAACAUGUUAUGCCAUUAUCAAAUGAAACAAGUACAUUUGCAAAUCUAGUUAAAAGUGCAUCUGUAUCUGGUAAUUUAGAUGCACCAGAAGGUGGUUUUGAUGCAAUAAUGCAAGCAAUUGUUUGUCGUAAAGAAAUUGGAUGGCGUGAACAAGCACGUAGAUUACUUGUAUUUUCAACAGAUGCUGGUUUUCAUUAUGCUGGUGAUGGUAAACUUGGUGGUAUUAUAAAACCAAAUGAUGGUGCAUGUCAUCUUGAUAAUACUGGUCUUUAUACACAUUCAUCAUCACAAGAUUAUCCAAGUAUAUCACAAAUUAAUUUAAAAGUUAAACAAAAUGCAAUAAAUAUAAUAUGGGCUGUUACUGAAGAUCAAAUAAAAAUAUAUAAAAAAUUAACAGAACAUAUUGAAGGUUCAUUUGCUGGUACAUUAACAAAUGAUUCAAGUAAUAUUGUUGAAUUAAUACAAGAACAAUAUGAUGAAAUAUCAAGUUCUGUUGAAAUGAAAGAUACAGCAAGUAAUGCUAUUAAAGUUAGAUAUCAUUCAAGAUGUUUAAAUGAUGGACCAUUAAUUGAAACAUCAAAAUGUGAUGGUUUAAAAGUUGGUAAUAAAGUUGAAUUUAUUGCUGAAAUUGAAGUAACACAUUGUCCAACAAAUCGUUCUGAAUGGAAACAAAAAUUUAAUAUAUAUCCAGUUGGUAUUAGUGAAACAUUAACUGUUAAUUUAGAAAUGUUAUGUGAUUGUGAAUGUGAGCAUAAUGGUAGUACUGGAUAUGAACCAAAAUCAAAUGAAUGUAGUGGUGUUGGUACACUUAAAUGUGGUGUUUGUGAAUGUUAUGAUGGUUUCUUUGGUAAAAAAUGUGAAUGUAGUUUACAUCAAGAUACAUCGGGUGCUGAUAGAAAUUUUCAAUCAUGUAGACCUGAUAAUUCAUCACUUGUUGAUUGUUCUGGAAGAGGUACAUGUGCUUGUGGUCAAUGUGAAUGUGAAGAACGAGAAAAUACUGAAGAAAAAAUAACAGGAAACUUUUGUGAAUGUGAUAAUUUCUCAUGUGAUCGUGAUAAGGGUCUACUGUGCUCAGAUCAUGGUAGUUGUCAAUGUGGACAAUGUUCUUGUAAUGCUGGAUGGACUGGACCAAGUUGUAAUUGUCGUUCAUCAAAUGAUACGUGUAUGGCACCUGGUACAACGAAUGGUGUAUUAUGUUCUGGACAUGGAGAGUGUGUUUGUGGUGAAUGUAUUUGUCAUGAUGAUAAAACUCGUUAUACUGGUAAACAUUGUAAUAAAUGUCCAACAUGUGAUAGUAGAUGUGAAGAAUUAAGACCAUGUGUACAAUGUCAAAUGUAUAAAACUGGUAAUUUAAGUGAAAUUGAAUGUGCUAAACAAUGUAUUGAAUUUGUUCCUGAAGCUGUUGAAACAGUUCAAUACGAAAUUGAUAGUGAUGAAAUACAAUGUUGGGGAAAAGAUGAUGAUGAUUGUAAAUAUGAAUAUAUUUAUUAUUAUGAUGAAACAAAUUGUCUUAAAGUUAAAGCACAAAAAGAUCGUGAUUGUCCACCACCAGUUUAUGUACUUGGUAUUGUACUUGGUGUUAUUGCUGCAAUUGUACUUAUUGGAUUGGCAUUUUUAUUACUUUGGAAAUUAUUAACAACAAUACAUGAUAGACGUGAAUUUGCUAGAUUUGAAAAAGAAAGAAUGAUGGCCAAAUGGGAUACAGGAGAAAAUCCAAUUUACAAACAAGCAACGUCAACAUUCAAAAACCCAACAUAUGCUGGCAAGUAAUAAUAAUAGUUAUCAAAAAAAAAACAAAAACAAAACGAUUAACAAAUUAUUUAAUCGAAAAAAAAUAUACAUAUAUAUUUUGUUGAAUCGCAAUUAGUCUGAUUUAACGAUUGUUGUUAUAAAUAACAAUUUAUAUCAUAAAUCAUAAUUUUUAAAAUAAUUAUUUUUUAAUUAUUUAUAUUUUAUUUAAUACUGCCAUAAUACUUAGACCAUAAAUUUAACAAAAUUAAAUUAAUUAACAAAUAAAACAAAAAGAAAAAAUAAUUUUUUUUUUUCUUUUUUUUUUAUUAUACUCAAAUUUUUAAUUUAAAAAUAUCCCAGUAAGUGCCGAAUUUAUAAAUUUUGCCGUGAUUUUAAUUGCCAAGUGCCUUUAUAAUAGAUUUUAUAUAAAAACAAAAAAUAUUUUAAAAUUAUUUACUUUUUUUUAAAACUUUUAAUUUUGCCACAAAUAUUUAUCUACAUUUUUUUAAAAUCAGUUUUAUUUAUUUAUAAUAAAUAUAAUAAUAAUUGACAUGUCAUAGAUCAUCUCAAUUUAAUUCAAAUGUUAUUUUUCAUUAAAAUUCAUUUUAUUAUUAAAAUUUUUGCAUUUUAUAUUGAAAAUUGCAUUUUUUUAUACACAAAGUUAUCAGAAAAAAUUCGUCAAUUCUCAUUGACAUAUCUCAAAAGAAAAAAAAUGUACAGAUAUUUAAAUACACAGAAAUAAAACUCCAGUGAAAAUUAUAUAAUAAAUAUAUAAACUAAAAAUUAAUAUUUUAUAGAAAAAUAAAAAACAAAUAGAUAAAAUUUCUUGGUAAAUCGAAAAAUAAAAGAAAUUUAUAUUAUUAGUUUUAAAUAAUGAGAUAAAGAAAAAAAAUAUCCAAAAAAAGAUUUUUUAAAAUAUUUAACUUAAGAAAAAAUAUAAAACUGAGUAGUUCUUUUGACUUUGUAUAUUUUUUUUUCAUUGAAAAAUGAUGAUUCAGCAUGGUUCAUGACACACGCAUACACAUAUGAUAUAUUUUUUCCUAUUUUUUUUUUAUCUACAUAUGUAUUCAAUUACCAAUGCUGCAUCAUCACUAAAGCCAAGAAAUAAUCUAUUUA